AUGAGUGUAGGUGCAUUUGUCAAAGUGAAACGUAAUAAUUAAAGACUAGUUUAGUUACUAAACUUAAAUUAUAUAUAAGUGACAAUCAAAAUCAUUAAAAAAAGGAAAAUGAAAAAUUCUAGAAUGGGUAGGAAAUAAGAUUACUUAGAAAUUUUAAUCAUCCUAAUGUAAACAAUUAUAUGAAAUAUUUGUCAAAUAUGUAGAAUUUGGAGAAUUAUUUGAUUUAAUAGUGUAAAUAGGUAAAUUACCAGAGAGUAAAGCUCAUAAUUAAUUUUUAUUAUGGAGUUGGAUAUUGCCAUAAUAUUUUAGUAGCCCAUCGUGCGAGAUCAAACAUAAAAAUAUUUUGAUAGACUUUGGAUUAAGCAAUUUAAUGAAAGAUAGAAAGUAUUUAAAAAUUACAAGUGAUUCUCCAAAUUAUGCUACACAGAAAGUAAUAUUACGAAAGUCAUAGCAUGGUUCUGAUAUUAGAUGUUUGGAGUUGUGGAUUAAUUGUGUAUGUAUUGCUUUAUAGAAUUUUAACUAUUUUAUGUAAAAACUACUUAAAGCUCUCUUGAUAAUAAAAAGUGCUGAUUAGUCUAUACCAAGUAUUAAAGUUCAUAAGUGA